AUGCUCUCUUGCCUCAGGCGACCGCUACUGGCUCAGAAUGCACUGCGCUUUACAAGGACACCAGCGCUAAGAAACGCUGCGCGCCAUGAACAUACAGCUGUAACUGUGCGCGGCACGCCUGCGCCGUACGCGGCCAAGCGGACCAGCUACUUCAACCCGACACUCAUCCUCAUUGGCACCGUACCCAUCUUCGCGUUCGCGCUCGGCGUGUGGCAGGUCAAAAGGCUGAAAUGGAAGAUCAACCUCAUUGAUGAGUUGACCGAGAAGCUACACCGCGAACCCAUCGUGCUCCCCGGCCAAGUCAACCUCGAGACUAUCCAAGAAUUCCUCUACCGAAAAGUGAUCGUGCGCGGGCAAUGGGAUCACGAACACGCCAUGCUCCUUGGUCCGCGCGUGCUCGACGGCAAGAUGGGCUUCCAUCUAUUUACCCCGCUUAUUCGAGGUGAUGGCUCUACUGUAUUGGUAGACCGGGGCUGGAUAUCCGAGGACUUCUCAACAAAGGGCAUGCGAAAUGAACCAACAGGCGUUGUCGAGGUUCGAGGGCUCCUUCGUGCCACACAGGCACGGAACUCGUUUACUCCGGACAACCACCCGGAAAAGGGUGAAUGGUUCUGGGCUGAUCUUGAUGCCAUGGUCGACUACGCGGGAGGCGAGAAGGCAGGCGUGCAACCCGUGUUGAUCGAGGAGAUGUUCGAGGGGCACGGGGGAGAUGCUACUCAGCGGAAACAGACCGGUAUACCGUUGGGAAAGGUUCCAGUAGUCGACCUUCGCAACUCGCACUUAUCAUACGCCAUCACUUGGUUCUCCCUCUCCGCCUUCACCUCAUAUAUGUUUGUUAGUAUACUCCGCAAGCGUGGGAUACGGGCAUACCGGCCGAUGAAACGGUAG